AUGGCGGCGCUGAGGGGCUGGUGGAGGUUGGCGCUGGGCGGUCAGAGCAGUUGGUGUCCAGCUCCGCUGUGCCGAGGCCGAGCACUGCCGAGGCCUCCGCCGGGUCUUGCCUGCGGAGUUGGCGGACCGCAGAGGUGGACGUCGUCCUCCCAGCCGGGCCCGACGGAGAGCGACCCUGGUGAGGGACAGGUCUUCCUUAGCGAGAGCUGUGUGAAGAGGCUUCUGGAGAUCACAGAAGGCUCAGAGUUUCUCAGGCUGCAGGUGGAAGGAGGUGGCUGCUCUGGAUUCCAGUACAAGUUUUCCUUGGACACAGUUAUCAAUCCUGAUGAUAGGGUAUUUGAACAAGGUGGUGCCCGUGUGGUUGUGGAUGUGGACAGCCUGGCCUUUGUGAAAGGUUCCAUGGUGGACUUCAGCCAGGAGCUGAUCCGCAGCUCCUUCCAGACGAUGUUUCCUGACAGUCUUCAGAGGCUUUUAUUUCUUUCCCCAUCUGCUCCCUGUCAUCACCCUUACCCUGUAACACAGCUGUUACAUGACUCCAGCUCUGUGUGUGCCUGCACUGAGCCUAUCUCCUUCAGAAACAUGAAGCAGCCUUGAGCAAACACAUGGGCCUUUGCACAUAGGAGCAUCUUUAGCACCCUGUGAACCAUCAGCCAGGUGCUGCUGAGUUGCCUGCCCAGUUCUGAAUGUGGAACCACUUCACUGCUUGUCUCUGCAAGAGAUGACUGUACAUAUGUGUAUGUG